AUGGCCAGUCAUCAUCAGAAUCGUGUGGGCGCACUGACACUGAUACCGUUCUUGGAGGAGUCGGCUUUUGCAGGGAUUCUGGGUCAGGAACGAGAACGUCCUUCCUUGCUAGUCCAAGUGAUGAGCUUUGUGCCGAAUGGAAAGCUUCCUCCUCGAAUGAUGAUCCACGAUGGCAACUGCAGUGUCCUGGCGUUCCUUACUAGCGAAGCAUCACAGAGAUCCGUCCGCGACAAUACCAUGUCAGACAGUCAACCGGAAGAUUUCGAUGGGACUCCAGAGAAAGGUUGUAUCCUCCGCAUUCAAGACUACAAAUGGACCACGAAACGUAUGAUUGCACAGGAUAAUUCCACAGAAUUGUGUUUGGCCAUUGAGGGCAAGGUGAUCAACUUGGGCGGCCAUGGCAUUGGACUGCGACAAAAAAUAGUUGACAUUCAUGACACAACUCGAGUGAAACAGGCCAUGUUGUCUAUCCAUCAGGACGUUCCAACACUUCAAGCAAACCUGAAGAGACAGUCUCCACAGAAAGGCGGAAAUUCCGAGUCACCGGAACGCAACACAACCACCGAAAGGGGAUUUGUCGAUGAAGAUGGGAAUGGUCUGGGUAGUGUGGGGGACAUGCUGAUGGAUCAAACGGAACUAGUUGAAGCCAGCGAGGAGAGUCAAGCAGCAACAACUCUAACAUCUGUCGACAAAGAGGGGGCGCCACUGGUUGACGGUGAAAAGCUACCGACGAAUCCAGGCAAUCCUGACCUCUUUGAUCGGAUAUUGGAGAAUGGCGGAGAAACCAUUCAGGAGGAUCUACCCGCAUCUCCCGACAACGAAGAGGACACACCGCUGGGACAGCUUGAAGGGUUAUUGCUGAAUCAACAAGAAACAGACAAGAUACUCAACACUGUUGAGGGCGAUCGAUCUGCGUCUCCCAACAACGAAGAGGACAUGCCUUUGGGACAGGUUGAAGGCUUAUUGAUGAAUCAAGAAGAAUCAGACAAGUAUGACAAGAUAGUCAACACUGUCGAGGGUGAUCAAUCUACGUCAAGGUCUCCGGAUAGUGAAGAGGAAACGCCUUUGGGACAGGUUGAAGGUUUAUUGAUGAAUCAACAGGGAACAGACAAGUAUGACAAGAUAGUCAGCACUGUUGAGGGUGAUCAAUCUACAUCAAGGUCUCCGGACAGUGAAGAGGAAACGCCUUUGGGACAGGUUGAAGGUUUAUUGAUGAAUCAAGAGGAAGCCGACCAAUACUAUCGAGUUGUAGAAAUUGCGGGGGUUCAAGCACAACAAGAGGAACUACUCGAUGAUGAGCCGUCAGAAACCCACCCGCAACAAGGAGGAGCAUCUGCUGCGUCAUCUUCGGAAACGCAACACUCCGCCAAAGAAAAGCGCAAUCUCACCGAAACAGCAGAGCAAAGAGAUGUGAGUGCUAUCGGUUGGCAGCUCUAUGAUGAAGCAGGAAAAGUAACACGUCAUGCAUCGGACGUCGAAGAAAUGCAAGAUUUGAUGGCUCGUGCUCUUGAUAUCCACGAACAAUCAGUUGACGUUGGAGGCAGCGACGAGAAGAUGGAUGACGAGGAUGACGCCGCAGGUGUUGCAGAUUCUAGAAAGGUAAACAACAAACCGGCCGAUAGGUCACCGGGAGCAGGCUUGGUUGGAGAAGCCCCGCGCACAGUUGCAGCAGCGGCAACGACACGUGCUGCAAAAAGAAUUAAUCCAUAUCGCAAGCGUUCGCAGAACGGAACGCCCCGCAAAGCAGUUGACCCUGAAAAAACACAGAAAUUGCCUGAGAAUCCUGUGGAAAGGAUCCCAACAGGCCCACAUAUUGAGCACCUGAUGGCAUCGCCAACGAACGGGCUGUCACAACCAAGGGGAAUUAGUGAUAUGCUCUGUUCUGACAACUCGGACGACGAGGAAAGCGAUGUAGAGGGCGAUAAAGGCAAUGCCAAUGAUAAGAGCGUUCAUCGUCAGAGCAGCCAAGGCGAAAAAGCAAGCAGCAUCGAACUCAUUCCUGACAGUCGCCAAGAAAGAAGGGACGAAGCUCACGCGAAAGUCUCGGCGACUAGCUGUGACAAGACGCGCAGCAAUCGCCAUGGAGACACGGCCGACCCAAUGACCGAAGGCUCAAACACAAAAAGUGCUGGGACGGACAGGGGCGGCAAACCGCCUGCAGAUUGUGAGACAAGUGGCUCGAAGGAACCGAGCUUCGCCACAGAAGACGUCGAAGCCGCUUCACACACAGAUCCGAUUACGCAAUCUGGCGACGAUAAAGGGCAGCCAACAGCUCAUACGAAUGCAGAAUCUUCUGCAGGAUCACAGAAUGAAGAAGGCGCGCCGCACAACAAAGAGCUGGCAGAAACCGGCCUGGGCAGCGUGGAUAUGUCGCCUUCGAAAGAGACAAAUCCCCUUCCAGAUAAGGAACGCGAGAUGACUUCAAAUGGCAAACCGCAUACGAAGAAGUCGAGUCUCGAAAACGGAAUCGCGGUAAUUGGAUCUGAAGAAGAUCCCAAAUCUCUCGAUGCAGACACCACACGUCUCAGGGGCCGGGACGAUGCCGAAACUGCAAUGGCCAAGCCUUCUCAAAAGCCAUCCGCGAGGGCACAGCAGGGCGACUCUUCGGACAAAGACAAUGAACUUGUCGAAAAUGGUUCAACCAGGAGCACCAAAAACUCCAAGGAUAUCCACGAAAGCCAGCAAAGUAAUGCUGUGGCACGAGCCUCUGUCAGUCGCAGGAAGGAACGGGACCAUAAUUCAGGCAACCUUGCACGACGGGGAGAGCGGAAGCAAGGUACGGAGGCUUUGCCUAAGGACAAAACGAACGACUCCGGAACCGAUCAGACAAGCAAGGAGCGUCAGAUUGAAGAAAACACUAUUGACACUCGCAGCACGAAAAAGAAACAUCGGCGCAGGCAAGGGGAGGUGGCACGAAGUCAACGUGAGGCAAGCCCUGUUGGAAACGUGCCAACUAGACGCAUGCCAAUGAAGGAUCGCCAACCAGGUUCCCGAGCUAAUCGCCGCCAGAAGCCAUCUUAUAAGUGUCAAGUCACACGUAAUGCACUCCCAGGCGACCGAAUGCGAGGUGUCUUGCCGACACAAAAGCCCAACGGUAGUCGUGGCGGCCAUGGUGCAUCCGCUAAAAAUCAACAAAAUCAAAAGAAGAAACGACGCUCCUGGAGAAGACGACGGGAUGCUGUCGGAAGGAGAUCAGCUGGAGAGGAAGCGCGGAAUAGUGACUCUUCCAGAGAGGAUGAGACGGCCUGGAACAGUGACGCUUCCAGAGAAGAUGAACAGGCCUGGAACAGCGACGCUUCCAGGGCGAAGGAGGCGACCUGGGACAGUGAUGCGUCCAGAGAGGAGGAAGAUCAGGUUGAAUGGCUUGACAGCGUCUCACUUAGUGACUUGACCAGCAGGCGUUCCGCGGGAAGAACCAACCGAAACGAGCAGAGAGCCGAGCGCUCUGGAACCCAGCGGCGUGCAAACAGAGGACCAGGUGUCGGCAGGAGGAAAAUGCGGGGCAAUAGUGAGGAAGAGCAAACCACCCGCCGCCGCCGCAAUCGGUAUGAAGAGGACAGUGCAGCAUCGAGUUCACGCAAUGUGGCAUCAACUGCAUCGCAGCGCGGGAAGCGGUCUCAUGGAGCGACAUCUGUAUUGUCUCAUCAGACUGCUCCACACCGCAGAGCCAAACGAAAAACCUCCUCGGCUCGCGAUAUCUCCCGUGUGAAAGCAAGGAGGACAUUACAGAAGUAUCCAGAUGGAACCGAAGUGUGGAAAGAGUUUGCAAAUCAUGGCGUAUACCAUGGUAUUCUGCAUUACAGGAAGAAGACUGGCCGGUAUCGUGUUCACUAUGAUGAUGACGACAAAGAAGACUUAUCAGAAGAUGAAGUGGCAGCCCUUCUGGCUAAGUAG